AUAUAAAAGGACUAACCAAUUGUCCUGAUUACUUUUUUGUUAGUUUAAUUUUAAUCAUCAAGGUAAUCGUUUUCAUUGCUAAUUUAAUCAUCAUCAUCAUCAUCAUCAUCAUCUUGUAAUUAAACCUUAAUUAUGGACAAUUUAGUUGUGAUUUAAACUUUGUUUUCUAUGUUUAUGUCAAAAAUUGUUAAUAUUCAACCAUUCAAAUUGUUGAUUGACAUUUUCACCUUCUCAUUGUGAUUAAUUGUUUGGGUGGAAUAUUAAUUGGAAAUAAAAAAUUAGUUAACUGAUUGUUUGCUAAUCAAGAUGAAUAGUUUUCCAUAUGGUAUCUAUGUGAAUCGACCUCCGGUUCCAAGUUAUGGUUAUACUCCCGGUGAUUCGUACUUUCAACGGCCUUUGUUGCCUUGGGCUUUCCCUCCCAACGCGACGAUUGUUGACCUUGUCCCUCAAGAAAUGAGAUACAUGGUACCUGAACAUUGGUACCGAUUCCCGCCCAUUAAUCCUCUUUGGUACAGUCUAUUGGGUGUCACCAUGAUUGUCUUGGGUUUCAUUUCAAUCGUUGGUAAUGGUUUAGUCUUGUACUUGAUGACGGCGGUCAAAGCACUUCGAGGUCCAACCAAUGUUCUAGUUUGUAAUCUUGCCUUUUCCGACUUCAUGAUGAUGUCCUUUAACAUGACCACCAUGGCGAUCAAUUCAUUUGCCCAAACAUGGAUUCUUGGACCUUUUAUGUGUGAACUUUAUGGUAUGUGGGGAUCACUAUUCGGAUGUGGGUCAAUCUGGUCUUUGGUGUUUAUCACUCGUGAUCGUUAUAAUGUUAUAGUCCGUGGUAUGUCCGCUGGCCGGUUAACCGUUAAAAAAGCUCUUGGUCAAGUUUUAUUCAUUUGGAUUUACUCGGUUGCCUGGACAAUUGCACCUUUCUUUGGAUGGUCUCGAUAUGUUCCCGAAGGUAAUAUGACCUCAUGUACCAUUGACUAUCUUUCCAAAGAUUUGAAAACGGCCUCAUACACUGUGGUCUAUGCUGUUUUCGUCUAUUUCAUCCCACUCUUUACAUUGAUCUAUCACUAUUGGUACAUUGUCUCCGCUGUGGCAACCCAUGAACGAACCCUUCGAGAGCAAGCAAAGAAAAUGAAUGUGGCCUCACUUAGGGCAAACGCUGAUUCCAAUAAACAAUCAAAUGAUAUUCGUAUUGCAAAAGUGGCCAUGGCAACAGUUGGACUUUGGUUCAUGGCUUGGACACCUUAUUGUGCUCUUGCUUUCCUUGGUAUACUGACCAAUGGCGAUUACCUAACACCCAUGGUGUCCAUUUGGGGGGCAGUUUUUGCCAAAAGUGCUGCAUGUUACAAUCCAAUUGUUUACGCCUUAAGUCACCCCCGUUACCGGGCUGCUUUGUUCACCAAAUUUCCCUGUCUGGCCUGUGGUGUUGGUGCAGUGGAAACAACAACCGAUGAAGACGCUAAGUCCGAAAUGUCCGUGGCAACCGCGAUCUCCGAUCGCUAAAUCAACUGUCCACCUCUUUCCCUCUCUGGUCAAGAAAAUGAUUAAAUCCAAAGAGUAUGUUACAUUUAUAAGCUUUAAUAUAUUUCAAUUGUAAGUAAACAUCUAAAACUAAUCAAUCAACAAUUAACGUGCACGAAAAAAAAAUUGUCAAUAUAAAUUGUGUUAGAAAAUCAA